GGAUCAAUCCCAAAUUAAAAAAUCAUUUUAGUUUGAAAAUUAAAUCAUUUUUUAAGCUAUGGGUCUUACGCCUGAUUUUCUCUCUUUUUGCCUUGAAUUCUCUUGGACUUUUUUGCUUGUUGUGAUAUUUUUCUUUAUAAUUUUCAAAGUCACUAAAUCUCACUCAGUUAACAAGUCCAAGAAAUACAAACUACCCCCAGGUCCCAAACCGUGGCCUAUUGUUGGCAAUCUCCCUGAGAUGCUUGCAAACAGGCCUGCAACUAUAUGGAUACACAAGCUGAUGAAAGAAAUGAACACUGAAAUAGCGUGUAUCCGCCUAGCAAAUACCAUUGUUAUCCCUGUGACGUGCCCCACCAUUGCCUGUGAAUUCUUGAAAAAACACGAUGCUUCUUUUGCAUCGAGGCCAAAAAUCAUGUCCACUGAUAUAGCCAGCGAUGGUUUCUUAACCACGGUUCUUGUACCCUAUGGGGAACAAUGGAAGAAGAUGAAGAGAGUGUUGGUCAACAACUUGCUUUCCCCUCAAAAGCAUCAAUGGCUUCUAGGUAAAAGGAAUGAAGAAGCUGAUAACCUUAUGUUUUACAUCUACAACAAGUGUUGCAAAGAUGUGAAUGAUGGUCCUGGCCUUGUGAAUAUUAGGAUUGCGGCGCAACAUUAUGGUGGUAAUGUGUUCAGGAAAUUGAUUUUUAAUACAAGGUACUUUGGGAAGGUAAUGGAGGAUGGAGGGCCAGGUUUUGAGGAAGUUGAGCAUAUAAAUGCUACUUUCACAAUACUUAAAUAUGUUUAUGCCUUUUCCAUUUCUGAUUUUAUUCCAUUCUUGAGGAGACUUGACUUGGAUGGCCAUAGGAGCAAAAUCAUGAAAGCUAUGGGGAUCAUGAAGAAGUAUCAUGAUCCCAUUAUUCAUGAUAGAAUCAAACAGUGGAAUGAUGGCUUGAAGACCGUUGAAGAAGACUUACUGGACGUGUUGAUCAAACUCAAAGAUGCCAGCAAUAAACCAUUACUCACAUUGAAGGAAAUCAAGGCGCAAAUUACAGAAUUGGCGAUUGAAAUGGUGGACAAUCCAUCAAAUGCUUUUGAAUGGGCACUAGCAGAAAUGCUAAACCAACCUGAGUUGCUCAAACGAGCCACUGAAGAAUUGGACAAUGUAGUUGGCAAAGAGAGGCUUGUCCAAGAAUCAGAUAUUCCUAAGCUCCAAUUUGUUAAAGCUUGCGCAAGAGAAGCUCUUCGACUUCACCCCAUGGAGUAUUUCAAUGUUCCCCAUCUUUGCAUGAAUGACACAAUGGUCGGUGACUACUUGUUCCCAAAAGGAACUCAAGUACUACUAAGUAGAGUUGCUCUUGGUAGAAACCCAAAAUUCUGGACUGAUCCCCUCAAGUUCAACCCGGAACGCCAUCUCAAGGAGGGUAUUGAUGUGGUUUUGACAGAGCCAGAUUUGAGGUUCAUUUCCUUUACCACAGGAAGACGUAGUUGUCCUGGUGUAACACUUGGUACCACAAUGACUAUAAUGCUAUUUGCUAGGAUGCUUCAUGGCUUCAGCUGGAGUGCACCACCCAACGUAUCAAGCAUCGAUCUUACCCAGUCCAGUGAUGACCUGUUUAUGGCUAAGCCACUUUGUGUUGUGGCAAAACCAAGAUUGGCUGCAGAGCUCUACAGUACUAAUGAAUUUAAAUGAAUCUUGAUCAUAUGAAGGAUCACCAAAUAUUUGAUAAAUUGAUGGAGAAACCCCCAAAUAAAAGAUAGUUAUGUCAUGACUAUCUUAGCUUAGUUACUUAGUUAAUAAGUAACAAUGGCUCAUUUUAAGGCUACGCAUAGGUUUGAUGUUACUCACGCAUGUGCAUAUGCUGAGUGAUAACACCCAUAUGCUUAGUUAAGUUUCUGAAUUAUAUUGUGUUUUUCAAUUUCUCUAUAGUUAGCAUGUUUGUUCACAUUGUAAAAGCCAUGCAGUUGUUGAGUGCCUCAAGUAUAAAAUAAAGAAAGAGCAGAAUCAAUGACUUUUGCGAUUCUGAUUCAUUCAACA